AUGUGGAGGCUCAAGGUGUCGGAGGGCGGCGGGCCGUGGUUGCGGUCGGUGAACAACUUCCUUGGCAGGGCAGUGUGGGAGUUCGACCCCGACCACGGCACGCCGGAGGAGCGCGCCGAGGUUGAUAGAGUCCGCCGGGAGUUCACCCAGCGCCGCUUCCACAAGAGGGAGUCACAGGAUCUUCUUAUGCGCAUGCAGUAUGCAAAAGAAAAGCAUCUUCAGGUUCAGGUGGAUCAUCCGGCCAUCAAGCUUGUAGAUAUUGCACAAGUCACACAAGAGACCAUAUUAACAUCAUUGAGGCGAGCCCUUAGUCAACACUCUGCUCUGCAAGCACACGAUGGGCAUUGGCCUGGCGAUUACAGCGGAAUUAUGUUCAUUAUGCCCAUCUUGAUAUUUGCUCUACAUGUUACUAGAACACUCAAUACCGUCCUUUCAAGAGAACAUCGGCGUGAGAUUUGUCGCUAUAUUUACAACCAUCAGAAUGAAGAUGGUGGUUGGGGCACACAAGUGUUGGGGCCAAGCACCAUGUUUGGAUCAUGCUUAAACUAUGUUACCCUGAGGCUUCUUGAUGAGGUGGACAAUGAAGCCUUGAUCAAGGGGCGUGCUUGGAUUCUAUUGCAUGGAAGUGCAGCUGCAAUACCACAAUGGGGAAAGAUAUGGCUCUCUGUGGUCGGUUUGUAUGAAUGGUCUGGAAAUAAUUCGAUCAUUCCUGAACUAUGGCUUGUCCCACAUUUUCUUCCAAUUCAUCCAGGACGAUUUUGGUGCUUUUGCCGGUUGAUUUAUAUGCCAAUGUCUUAUCUGUAUGGUAAAAAGUUUGUUGGCCCAAUUACACCAACAAUAUUGGCAAUACGAGAGGAGCUCUAUAGCAUACCAUACCGUGAGGUCGAUUGGAAUAAAGCACGUGAUACUUGUGCCAAGGAAGACCUUCGCUAUCCACGUUCAUUGCUGCAACAUGUUAUUUGGACAUGUCUUACUAAAUUUGUGGAACCAAUGUUGAAUUGUUGGCCAGUUAAUAAGUUAAGAGAUAAAGCAUUGAAAAACCUCAUGAAACAUAUCCAUUAUGAAGAUGAAAGUACUAAAUAUCUCGGUAUAUGUCCAAUUAACAAGGCACUAAAUAUGAUUUGUUGUUGGAUUGAUGAUCCAAAUUCAGAUGCAUUGAAGUUUCAUAUUCCAAGGAUCUAUGAUUAUUUAUGGCUGGCAGAAGAUGGCAUGAAAGCACAAGUAUACGAUGGUUGUCAAAGUUGGGAGACAGCUUUUAUUAUCCAAGCAUAUUGCUCAACAGACCUUAUUAAUGAGUUUGGCCCAAUACUUCGAAAAGCCCAUGAAUUCAUUAAAAAUUCACAGGUUCUUGAGAACCAUCCUGACAGCAAAACUUAUUACCGCCAUAGAUCGAAAGGUUCAUGGACACUUUCAACAACAGAUAAUGGUUGGUCUGUAUCAGAUUGUACUGCAGAAGCACUUAAGGCAUUAGUAUUGUUAUCCAAGAUCUCUCCUAAUCUUGUGGGGGAACCAAUAAAAGGAGAAGGGUUGUAUGAUGCAGUGGAUUGCUUACUUUCUUUCAUGAACAAAGAUGGUACCUUUUCUACAUAUGAGUGUAAGAGAACUACUUCAUUGAUUGAGGUUCUCAACCCUUCUGAGACUUUUCUGAAUAUUAUGGUUGACUAUCCAUCCGUCGAAUGCACAUCAUCGGUGCUUCAAGCCUUGAUUAUGUUUAGAGAAAUUUACCCAGGGUACCGCAAAGAAGAGAUAGGACAAUGCAUAAAAAAUGCUUCUGUGUUUAUUGAGAAUAGUCAACGAAAGGAUGGCUCAUGGUAUGGCACUUGGGGUAUAUGUUUCACUUAUGGAACAUUAUUUGCUGUACAAGGAUUAAUAGCUUCUGGAAGAACUUACGAAAAUAGUUCCUUCAUACGCAAUGCAUGCAACUUUCUGUUGUCAAAGCAGCUAAAUACAGGUGGAUGGGGAGAGACUUAUCUUUCUAGUGAAACUGAGUCUUACGUGGAUGCCGCUAGUCCUCAUGCAGUCAACACUGCUUGGGCAAUGUUAGCUUUAAUUUAUGCUGGGCAGGUUGAACGAGAUCCCGCACCACUAUAUCAUGCUGCAAAAGAAUUGAUCAAUAUGCAACUAGACACAGGCGAGUUUCCGCAGCAAGAACACAUUGGAUGCUUCAACUGCUCCUUUUACUACAAUUACGGCAACUACAGCAAUUUAUUCCCCAUCUGGGCUCUUGGGGAGUUCCGUCGUCGACUGCAUGAGAAGAACUGA